AUGUUUUCGAAGGGACAGGGCGCCGCCCUUUCUGUCCGGGGCUCUUUCGGGGAGGAGGCGCAGAGCGACGACAGCGCCUCCCGUGGUGAAGCUGACAGAACUGCUGCUGCCCCCUGGUGUUGUAGCUCAAAGCUGCCACUGGGCAAGGCACCGCGGGUUGACAAGGGCAGCGCUGUGUGUUGCAGGGGCGUGACGCUGGUGGCGCCGGCGGUGGCCGCGCCGGGGCGCACCACCGCCGUGCUGGUGUCGCUGCGCGGCGCCGCCGCCCCCGUCAACGUGUCGCUGCGCCUCGUCUCCGACCGCGUGGAGGAGGCCACGCAGCUGCUGGCCUCCGCGCAGCACACCGUGCGCGAUUAUUGCUACUUUGGCGUAUUCAGUGCUUUCAAACGUGUCGAGUUGUGCGAUUUGUAUGUCGAUGAUGUGAAAGAUAAAGGUUCCGUUUUGAUAGUAAACAGUAGAGUAACGAAAACAGACAAGCCGAGAAUCUAUGCUAUUGUAUCCUGUGAAGAAUUUAAUUACGUGGGACUUCCCAAAACAACAUUUCAUUAA